GAAGUACGUUUGUCGCAUUUGUGCGGCGUGUGGCAGCGAGAGGUGCUAUCGGUAGCUACGGUAAGGUGGGAGAGUUUGGGGUCUUGACUUGGCGCCGGGAGACGCGGCAGUCGCGGGUGCGAGACCGGGAUGGCGGGGUUACAAGCGAUGGCACAGGCUGGCUCCGGAGUGCGGGUGGCGGUGGUCGGGGCGGGCGUGGUGGGCCUUACUACCGCCACGCUGAUUCAGGAGGCGCUGCCGGGAGCCUCCGUCACCGUCAUCGCGGACAAGUUCGGCCAGGAGACAACGAGUGACGGCGCGGCAGGCAUAUUCCGCCCCGGCCUGCAGUUCCGAGGGGACGACGAGAAGCUGACGCGGAAGUGGUUGGCAGAUUCCUACGCUUACUACAAGAAACUCCUCGAGGUGAAGGGUACAGCAGAGACAGGCGUGAAGAAGCUAUCCGGGUAUCACUUCUCCAACGACUACCCCAAUAUUGUGUGGAAUGCCCUGCUGAAGCCCCUGCUGGAAGAGUACCGGCCAUGCACUGAGGAGGAAUUGAGGGCGCACGGCUUUAAGUACGGGACCUUCUCAACAACACUGCUGACUGAGUGCCGCUCCUACCUGCCCUACCUGACCCGCAUGUUCACGGAGCGCGGCGGCAAGCUACUGAGGCACCACCUGGACAGUCUGGAGGAGCUGGUGGGCCACUUCGACAUCGUGUGCAACUGUUCGGGCUUUGGCGCCAAGGAACUCUGCUUGGACAUUACCGUGACCCCCAUCAGAGGCCAGAUCUUCAAGGUGAAAGCUCCCUGGAUCAAGAACUUCUAUUACGUGGAUUAUGACAUGUACAUUCUCCCGGGCCUGGAAGCCGUCACCCUGGGAGGCACGAGGAACUUCGACAGUUACAAUGCCAAGGUGGACAAACACGACUCGACGGCAAUAUGGGAGCGCUGUGUCCAAGCAGUCCCCUCUAUCAAGGACGCUGAGGUCCUGCGGGAGUGGGUUGGGUGGCGACCCUACCGCCCCUUCGUCAGGGUGGAGAAGGAAAACAUGAGCUUCCCUAGUGGCAAGACCCUCAAGGUGGUGCACAACUACGGCCACGGCGGGUACGGGGUGAUGACGGCCCCGGGCACAUCCAUGCACGCCGUCAAGCUGAUGCUGGAGAUGCUACCAAGACAGUCCAAGCUAUAACACAUUCCCUCGUUCCUUCUUCCACCUACUGGCGCCGUGUGACCCUGGUGUUGUGGUGCAGGAUUUAGUCUAUUUAGAUCCCUGUUCCUUCUUCUUCUUCUUCUUCUCCUUCUACAACAACAGCGACAACUACAACAACAAUAACGGUAGCAGCAGCAGCAGUAGCAACAUGAACAACAAAAAAAACUACUACUACUACUACAGCUACUACUACUACUACUACUACUACUACUAUUACGUACUGCCCCUCCUACAUAAAAAGACCUACUAUUACUAUCAUUACUAAUAGUAUUACCGGAACGACGAUAAAGCCCUUACUACUGUUACUACUACUACUACUACUACUACUACUACUACUGCUACUACUACUAUUAUGAGAAUGACAACAACGCCCUUACUACUACUACUACUACUACUACUACUACUACUACUACUACUACUACUACUACUACUACUACUACUCUUACUACUGCCACAAUCAAUACUCUAUAUACUACUCGACCACCACCACCACCACCACCACCACCACUACUACUACUACUACUACUGACAAAUGAUUCACAACACCAUUAAAUACAUAGUGAAUCAAUAGCGCACAAAAUUGACACUCGUGAAUCUGGCUGGGGUCUCGCAACUACAACUGAAUGUGCAACCGGUGCCUGAGGAAUACUGGUACUUGGUUGCUGGUGGAAGUGGUGAUGUAUCUUGUUGAGUUGGUUCAUGACUAUUGACAGACAUGGUACACUAACUUUUCUAGUAGUCUUCCACGUCUCUCCUUUCUUUCUUUCUUUCUUUCUUUCUUUCUCUCAAUUUUCUUCAGACAGAUUUUCUUUUUCUUUUAUUUUUCAGACAGACAUUUUUUUCCUUCUUUAAUUUUUCAGAUAUUUCUUUCCUCCCUUCAUUUUCAGACAGAUUUUCUUUCUCACUUCAUUUUCCAGACAGACUUUCUUUUUCAUUUCAUUUUUCAGGCAGAGUUUCUUUCUCCCUCCAUUUUCAGACUUUCUUCCUCCAUAUUUCAAACAGACUUUCUCUCUUCCUCUACUUCUCAGACUCCCCCUCCAUAUUAUUUACUGUAGGUGCCUUAUUACAUAGACCGGCAAUUAAAAAAUGAAAAAAAUAAACAAAUAAAUGAACAUAUUAUUCGA